CAGAUAUUUUUACAAAGUAACACAGAAAAUAACAUAUAAUUUUGAUCUGUUCUUGGUGGCUGAAUGCCGUGAAAACGCCGUCUCCGCCGCUAUUUCUCCUCUUCCGCCGUACAAUUCCGGUGUCCGUCUUCCUUCGUUUUCAUGGCUGAAGCUCCUUCGCUGCUCUUUCUAUGCACAGCCCUAGUCAGAGACGAGAUCGUUCGAAGGGAUGACGUUCCACCGGCUGUCUAUGACCUUCCUCCCGACCUGUUGGAUACCCUGGCUUCGCAGCUGCCACCGUUGGCUUUGCAGAAUUUACAGUCUGGAAUGCCAUUUGAGCUCCAGAAUGAAGAUGAAUAUGAUAAUGAUUGCCCUAAGGAUGGGCGGAAGCGCAGAAGGUACUGUAAUUUUAAUGUAGCGUGGAAGAAGAAUUUCAAUUUACGAUGGUCAAAGCUAACUGAUACUAUCCAGGCUGUUGAUUGGCAGCAGAUGUAUUGGGAGAGGCACUUGCAAAGUUGCCUGGAUGAAGCGGCAGAAAUAGCCUCAGUACCAUCUUUUUCUAAAUGUAUUGGAGAAAUAGAGAUGUCAGAUUCUAUGCUGAAAUAUAUUGCCAGCGAAGGAUCUGUUCAUUUAUGGUGUGGAAAGUAUAGAAAACUAAGCUAUCAUUGCCAACAGUUUGGGUGCUAUGCUCAAUGUUUGAGCCUUCAGAGUAUUCUCUGUGUUUCAGAAAUAUGUCAUCUAUUAAGGAGCUGCAGGUUGCAGACUUUGGUAUUAAGGUGGAUCAGAUUCCAGGAGCAAGUCAGUGGGUUAUGCAAACUCCUAAACCAGAACAGAGAAACUUUAACAUCCCUUGAACUCAUUCAUUGCAAGCUAUCUUCAGCUUCUGUUAAUUCAAUUUGUGAUGCUCUACUCCAUAAUAGAAAAACACAUGGUGUACUGCACUUCUCAAUUAAUGCAUCAUACUUCGAUGAAACUGACCCUGUUGCUCUUCCUUCGGGACUAGUAUCAUUUUUGUCAUUAGGAAGGAAUUUAUAUUCUUUCAAACUCUGUGAGAACUUCCUGGGCAAAAAUUUUGGGAAACUUGUCUUUCACACUCUUCUUGAUGCUUCAUCUUGUUUAUCUGACCUUGAUCUUUCUGAAAAUAAUAUGGCAGGAUGGCUCUCCAAUUUUAAUAGGAGAUCUUUGAGCGGCAUUCCAGCAUUUUCUAUUGCUGGCAAGUCCUUGCAAUCACUGCGUGUACUCAAUUUAAGGGGAAACGAGCUGCGCAAAGAUGAUGCAGAUAACCUAAGAUAUGCUUUGGCUCAUAUACCAAACUUGGAGUUCUUGGAUAUAAGUGAUAAUCCCAUCGAGGAUGAUGGAAUCAGGAACUUAAUCCCUUAUUUUGUUGAAGUUUCUGAAAGAAGCUUUCCUUUUGCUGAUCUAAAUUUAGAGAACUGUGAGCUUUCCUGUGAUGGAGUCACACAACUCUUAAAUGUGUUGACGACUUUAAGGAAACCACUGAGGUCACUUUCUCUUGCAGAUAAUAGCCUUGGAAGCUCGGUAGCAGCAGCUUUGGGUGUUUUCAUGCGGAAAUCAAUUCAAGUACUGAAUGUUGAAGGCAUUGGCUUGGGUCCAUGCGGGUUUCAGGAUUUAAUUGAAGGAAUACCUGAAGGGUCAAAUAUUGUGAACAUCAAUAUAAGCAAAAACCGUGGUGGGAUAGAGAUAGCAACAUUUUUGUUGAAGCUCUUGCCUGGGGCAUCAGAUCUUGUUUCUGUCAAUGCGUCAUACAAUCUAAUGCCCGUUGAAUCCUUAAGCAUCAUUCGUUCUGCCCUGAAAAGCGCUAAAGGUAACCUAAAGCUAUUGGAUUUGGGGGGAAACAAUUGGGAUGGUCAAAAGGCUGAAGAUUCACUGUUCGCGGAGUUUCGGGAUGGUGACAGGAAAAUUUUAAUAGAUUCAUCAUCACCAACUUUGGAUGGACUCUAUGAUGGUGACCCGUAGUCGAGUUUGGCUGUAGCAUCAUAUAACCGUUCGAGCUCGUGGAAAUUUUUGGACUGCAUAUACGACCCACCAACAUGUAAUGUCAAGUUGUCUUUGACUUCGUUCUUUUUUGCUGUGUUUACAAGUAUUUUUGCCUUCACUUCUUGCAGUAAAAGCAGAUAGUGUGAUUAUGCUCAGUUAUUGGUCAAUCCAUUGAGCUGUAAAGAAAUAAAGUACGUAGAACUUAUAUAUCAUCGGCUUAAUGGAAUAGGCCGUUCUUAACAUUUUAUUGUUGAGGUAUCAGAUCCUUGCUACGUU